AGCUGGUGAAACGGUUGUUUUUUUUUUCAUCUGCAGUCUUGGAGGGCGGUUUUCCAGCUCGGGAAACCGCUCUUCUUGUCAGAUUUUGGGUUUUUUUCUUUUUCUUUUUCUUUUUUUUUUUUUGCUGAAAAUUACACGAAAAAUAAAGUAAAUAUUUUGUGUUAGUAGUGUUUCUUCUGUCAGCAUAAUCAAAUCCUCUGUUUUUGUCCUUUCGGAAUUUUGGUACAUUUCUCUGUAUUUGAUCAGUGGCUGUAUGUGGGAGUAUCUUUGAAGUGUAAUGUACAUCAGAAUUUCAGGCUGUGAGUUGGGUUUCUGAACCCAAUUCAGGACUGAGACAACAAUUUUCAAGAUUUUUUCAUUCAUGAUCAAGAGAAAUGUCCUUAGACAAGCAGUGUUUGGCUCCUCAGCCUGGUGAAUGGGUGAAGGGGAAGAUGGUUGGAUCAGGAUCUUUCGGGACCGUUCAUUUGGCCAUGAGCAAAGCCACUGGAGGUCUUUUUGUUGUGAAGUCUGCACAGGAGGGACCUGGUCUCAAGUCUCUAGAGAAUGAGGCUACCAUGCUUGAGAAACUACAUUCUCCAUAUAUUGUCCGGUGUAUGGGGAGGGACUCCUUUGUUGGCAGGCAAGGGGAAGGAAGACUCAAUCUCUUCAUGGAGUACAUGGCUGGAGGGAGUUUGAGCAAUGUUGCAGACAAGUUUGGUGGGAUCCUGGAGGAGAAGGUGAUUCGAUUGUACACGAGAGAGAUUCUCCAGGGACUCGAGUACCUUCACAAGAAUGAGAUUGUGCAUUGUGAUCUCAAGUGCCAAAAUGUGCUCUUGGGAUCGAGUGGAAAUGUCAAACUCGCAGACUUUGGAUGUGCCAAGAGGCUCAGGGACCUGAAAUCCAAGGGGGCUUCAAUGACUUCCUGGCAAUCAAUUAGCGGGACUCCUCUGUGGAUGGCCCCUGAAGUUUUGAGGAAUGAGGGUGUGACGCUUGCUUCAGACAUUUGGUCCUUAGGAUGCACCAUCAUUGAGAUGGCCACAGGAAGGCCUCCAUGGAGUGGUGAGGUUUCUAACCCAAUGGCUGCAGUUAUGAUGAUAGCAUGUAGCAAUAAGAUACCUCAGAUCCCAACUCAUCUUUCAAAGGAGGGGUUGGAUUUUUUGGCCAAAUGCCUGGAUAGGAACCCAGCAAAGAGGUGGACAGCCGAGGAAUUGCUUAGCCAUCCCUUUGUUUCAAGGCAUUUGGAGAGGGAGAAUUUGAGAAAGGUAGAUUUUGACUCACCCAAAAGCAUCCUAGAUGUCAGAAACCAUGAGGAUGGUUCUGACUCAGAUCAACCAGAGUGUGUUGAUGGAUGUGGGUUUUUUCGAAGAAUCUCAUUCUCAAAAAGGCAUGGCUGCAAAGGAAAGAAAAUGAACAAAAAAUCACGAAAGCAGUUAGUAGAAGGUGACUUGGCUUCAUCUGGCAAUUGGGUUACUGUUAGAUCAGGAUGAAAACCUAAAAUCUGUGCAAAAGGUUUCAAGUAAAUAUAAACAUAGACUUACUGGA